GCUGUCAAUCUCUGAAUAAGGUCGUGAUCACAUAAGCGAUUGGAAACGUUGUGCAAAAGGAAGAAUGUGUUAUUGGGGUGGAGAUCGUGCAAUGUUCAAGCAGUGUUGAAGGUUACCGGCUGUGGGAUUUGAAAAGGAGAUGACAUUUCGAAAGAUUGCCGGCGGAACAAUUGUUCUUGGGGGUAGUACCCUGACGAUUUUAGGCCUCUCCCACAUAGUAGACUACUGCUCAAAUCGGGCCCGUCUUUCUUAUGUUCAAGCAUCAGAACAGCUGAACCAGAAUUAUGAUCAAAAUAAACUCCCAUCAAGAAAAGCUCAACUGUACACCUUACAGACAACUAAGGAAUUUGAUGUCCUUAUUGUUGGGGGCGGGGCAACAGGAUCUGGCUGUGCUCUAGAUGCUGUUACUAGGGGUCUCAAAACUGCACUAAUAGAGAGAGAGGACUUCGCUUCUGGGACCAGUAGCAAAAGUACAAAGCUUAUCCAUGGAGGAGUACGAUAUCUACAGAAAGCAUUCAUGAAAUUAGAUUAUGAACAGUAUAAACUAGUGAAAGAAGCACUCGCGGAACGUGCCAACUUACUUGAUGUUGCCCCACAUAUUGCAAAACAAUUGCCGAUAAUGCUCCCUCUUUACAAGUGGUGGCAGCUCCCUUAUUACUGGGCUGGGAUAAAGAUGUACGAUUUUGUGGCUGGAAGUCAGUGUUUGAGGAGCAGUUAUGUCCUUACCAAGUCAAGAGCUCUGGAACUGUUCCCCAUGCUGAAAGAAGAUCAGCUUGUAGGAGCUAUCGUUUAUUAUGAUGGACAACACAACGAUGCACGAAUGAACCUUAGUAUCGCUCUGACUGCUGCCAGGUAUGGUGCUGCCAUAGCCAAUUACGUUGAAGCGGUGAGCCUACUGAAAAACAAAGAUCCGGACACCGGUAAAGAAUAUGUAUGUGGUGCCAAAUGCAGGAAUGUUGAAACAGAUGAAUUUUUUGAUGUGAAGGCCAAAUGUGUUAUCAAUGCUACAGGACCUUUCGUAGACACACUGCGUCAAAUGGAUGAUGAGAAGGUGGAAAACAUGUGUCAGCCUAGUUCUGGUGUACACAUUGUCUUGCCUGGUUAUUAUAGCCCUGAAGCCAUGGGACUGCUUGAUCCUGCAACAAGUGAUGGCCGAGUUAUAUUUUUCUUACCUUGGGCGAAAGUGGUCAUUGCAGGAACCACUGACACUCCAACAGAGGUUACGUCUAAGCCCGUACCCCAUGAGGAGGAGAUUAACUUCAUUCUCAAGGAAAUACGGAAUUACCUGAGCCCUGACGUUGAAGUGAGAAGAGGAGAUGUUCUUGCAGCCUGGAGUGGCAUUCGACCACUGGUGUCUGAUCCCAAUUCAAAAGAAACCAAGUCAAUUUCCCGCAAUCAUGUUGUGACUGUGACUGACAGCAGACUGGUGACUAUUGCAGGUGGCAAGUGGACCACUUAUCGUAAAAUGGCAGAAGAAACAAUAAAUGCUGCAGUUGAAGCUUGUAACCUGAAUUUAGCAAAACCGUGCAGGACAGUUGGACUUCAACUAGAAGGAUCCCAUGAGUGGACUCCUACUCUUUACAUUACAUUGGUGCAGUAUUAUGGUCUGGGGACUGAGGUUGCUCUCCACCUUGCUUCUACUUAUGGAGACAAAGCUUUUCAGGUUGCGAAGUUGGCUCAAGUUACUGGAAAGAGAUGGCCCAUAGUUGGCAAACGUUUGGUGGCUGAGUUCCCAUACAUUGAAGCAGAGGUGAGGUAUGCUGUGAAAGAGUACGCAUGUACAGCUGUUGAUAUCAUCGCCCGCCGUACACGUCUCGCAUUCGUGAAUGUGCAGGCUGCUGAAGAGGCACUUCCACGUAUUGUGGAAAUAAUGGCCGCAGAAUUGAACUGGUGUGAGAAACGAAUGCAGGAUGAAUUGAAGGCUGUCCAGCAGUUUCUGUACCACGAAAUGGGCUACAAGGCUCGAUCUGAUCAACUAACAAACACAGAAAUAAAUCUGUUACCUUCAGAUGUGGAUAGGUACACAAAAAGGUUUCAGAAAUUUGAUGAGGAUCAGAAGGGUUUUAUCACAAUGAUUGAUGUUCAGCGUGUGUUAGAGAGCAUUGGUUAUCAGGUAGAUGAACAGACUCUCCAUGAAAUGUUACACGAAGUUGAUAUAAACAAGAAUGGGCAGGUAGAACUAAUUGAGUUCUUGCAGUUGAUGAGUGCAAUCCGAAAAGGUUCAGUAUCUGGAAGCAGAUUGGCUAUUUUGAUGAAAUCUGCGGAAGAGAAUCUGAUUAAAGGAGAUGCUAUUCCUGUGCACCGCAGUGGAGGAGGCUUGUGAGUCUUGCUCACUAAGUGCAGUAUUGGCCAAAAGGGAAAACAAGAUUUCCAGUUGUUGAUGCGACUGCAGGCACAAAACUUGAUACUGCAGGACUUUUAUUUUGCACUGUUUGAGCUUUACUCCUGUUGAACUUAGUAGAUGCAUGAAAUUCUGUAUCUUCCUUCUCAAAGUCUUUUCUUCGACCAUUGUGCUUCACAACAAUCUGAUUGUUGCAUUAUAUUAGUAAAUUAUUCAAAUAUAACAUAUCUUUAUAUCUUGUGUAAAUUUUGAUAACUAAAGUAAUUGUAAAAUCUUCUGUAUUUCACCAAUUGAGAUUAAUGCAAAACAGAAUAAUGGAUCAAAGUACAACAUUUAUCCUCCGUCCUGCUUGGGAAGAGGGAGAGUAAUUUUAUCUGUCUAUGCCAAAAGUGGUAAAUGUAAAGUAACUCAAAAGCGUAUGAAUGAUUUUCAUGUUUUAUGGGCAGUGUCUCUGGUGGAUAAGUCUUUUGCAUUAUGCUGUCUGGAAGAUAUAGUUUUUAUUUGAUACAACCCAUUUUUAUUUUCCAUUCAACUGCUCAUCUAUUACUCAAACCCAAUGGCUUCAAUACUUUAUAUUGCAAUCAAAGGCUUUGCCAGUGACUUAUUCUCUCACCCUAUAAUAGAGCUUAUCAAAGAAGAAUGUACUGAUGUUAUUCAUAUGCCCAUCUACAAAUCUGCAAAUAUUUGUACUUUCCUUUAAUAAAACUUUGAUUAGGUUUGAUGCGAA